GUGUACGUGUGGGUGUGGUGUGUGUGUACGUGCGUGUGUGCGUGUGUACGUGUGUACGUGUGUGUACGUGCGUGCGUACGCGUGUGUACGUGCGUGUGUACGCGCGUGUGUACGCGUGAGUUUCGAUUCCCGCCCACGGCCACCGACACCAGCAGUGACGAUUCUCCGAACCGGUCCUGGGCCUCCCCCUAGGUUGACCCAGCCUCAAACGAGCCCCCGGCAUCGUCCACCGGGGCAGACGGAGCCGGGGCCACCCCGACGGUCCGUCGAGAGGCUACCGGGGGCCCCCCCCCCCUUGUCGUUGUAGAACUUGUCUGCGGCGAGCGAGGGGGGCCCCAGCUACGUGACGGUGGGGGUGCCACCCUCUCCAAGGCCCCCGCGCCGCUUCUGCGCUGUGUGCGGCUUCCCGGCGGCGUACACGUGCGUGUCGUGCGGGGCGCGGUGCUGCUGUGUGCGGUGCCUAGCGGUGCACCACGACACAAGGUGCCUGAAGUGGACAGUUUGAAGCGUGCGCCGUGCGUAGACUUGCCGGCGAAAAGCGGCGAGACUGAGCCACGGAGGAAGAGGCUGUAGCAGAGGUCGCAAACGGGUUUUGAUUCCUUACCCGUACCCGUACCUGGCCACACCAGGGUCGCAAAUGGGUACCCGUACCCGGCUGGGUACGGGUACCCGUUCCCUACCCCGUACCCUACCCGAAAUGAGUGACAAACGGUGACUCACCAGUGACUCACGGCCUACCCGUACCCGUACCCGGCCGCACCAGGGUCGCAAACGGGUACCCGUACCCGGCUGGGUACGGGUAACCGGGUAUCGGGUAGGGUACCGGUAUCGGGUACCCGGUUGCGACCUCUGGGCUGUAGCUCUGGUGUGGGCCCGCGCUGUGCAUCGCUAUCGAAGCGUGUGUUUGUUUGAAUUUGUCGAGCAGUGCCGGAUUAUCCGAGAAGCAAAAGUAGCAAACGUAGCGACGGGUGAGUCCUGCACUUUCAAGGGCCCCGCGCUGAACGCUGUCAAGCGAUCAAUUCCGGUUCAGCGAUUCUGCACUUGCUCUAGCACUACAGUACUAUACCGCCUUCAAAUGAAGAAAUACAAUAGCUUUACUAUCCAGGCUGUGGAGGCCGCUGAACGAUCUUACAGGAACAUGCUAAUUUCUACUUGGCAGCGCUCCGAUUGGUGGGAAACCCACCGCCGUCACGGUCGCUGCCCGCCACCAACAUUUUCAUUGGCUGCCGACAUUUGGGCUACGCCCAUUUCAAGCCUUUAUCAGCAGUUGGCACCUGCUGAGUCUUUCCCGUGUUAGCCUGCACCUAGCCUGGCACAGCAGUCAACCCACGGCACCUGCGUCCGUCCGUGACCUGCCUCAAAGGUGCACCUAGCCUGGCACAAGCACCGUGGUGACAUCACUGCCACUCAGUGGUUGUGUAUUUGCAUGCGUUGCGUGUUUCUAUUUGAGUUUUUCAUGGGAGUGUUUAUAUUUAUGCGUGUGUGUGCGCGUCUCUACGUGUCUGCGUGCGUGCACGUGUCUGCGUGUCUGCGUGUGUCUGUGUGCGUGUCUCUGUGUGUGUGUGUCUGCGUGUCUGUGUGUGUGCAUGUGUCUGCGUGUGUCUGUGUGCGUGUCUGCGUGUGUGUGCGUGUCUGUGUGUGUGUGUGCGUGUUUCUGUGUGUGUGUGUCUGCGUGCGUGUGCGUGCAUGUGUCUGCGUGCGUGUGCGUGUCUGCGUGUGUCUGCGUGCGUGUGCGUGUCUGCGUGUGUGUGCGUGUCUGUGUGUGUGUGUGCGUGUUUCUGUGUGUGUCUGCGUGCGUGUGCGUGCAUGUGUCUGCGUGCGUGUGCGUGUCUGCGUGUGUCUGCGUGCGUGUGCGUGUCUGCGUGUGUGUGCGUGUCUGUGUGUGUGUGUGCGUGUUUCUGUGUGUGUCUGCGUGUCUGUGUGUGUGCAUGUGUCUGCGUGUGUCUGUGUGCGUGUCUGCGUGUGUGUGCGUGUCUGUGUGUGUGUGUGCGUGUUUCUGUGUGUGUGUGUCUGCGUGCGUGUGCGUGCAUGUGUCUGCGUGCGUGUGCGUGUCUGCGUGUGUCUGCGUGCGUGUGCGUGUCUGCGUGUGUGUGCGUGUCUGUGUGUGUGUGUGCGUGUUUCUGUGUGUGUCUGCGUGUCUGUGUGUGUGCAUGUGUCUGCGUGUGUCUGCGUGCGUGUCUGCGUGUGUGUGUGUGCAUGUGUCUGCGUGUGUCUGUGUGUGUGUCUGUGUGUGUGUGUCUGCGUGCGUGUGCGUGUCUAUGUGUGUCUACGUGUGUCUGCGUGUACAUCAUGGGGGGAGCGGUUAGCGCUAAGUUGCCCUACGAUCCAGGCGACCACCAACACCAGCGGGUGAAGAUGAAUUCUAAUUAUCCGAAGCGGUGCCGGGCCUCCCCUAGGUUGACUCGGCCUUAAAACGAACUACCCGCACGCGGCGCUGGCCACCCACCGCUGCUGCUGCUGCUCACAGCACUUGCCCCAAGUCUGUCGCAGGCUACACGGGGGAGCUUCGUCUUUGUGGACGCAGUCGGCGUAGAAACUAACAAAAAAUUAAGGAAAGUUGCCGGGAAAAAGUGUUUUAAUCCGCGAGCAUUUCUUAUUUAUUUAUUCGUGAAUUUACAAUUUUUGUACCAAGAAAUUGAGAAGCGUAAACGGAGAUUGUUUAAAAAAAAAAUAAUAAUUUUGUUACUCGCGCGGCUGUGCGAGCCCUCCACCACCCGGCGGCGUCACAGCCAAUCAACUCGGGGGGGGGGGCAACUGGACCCCCCCCAGAGUUGGAUCGUACCAACUGAGGUCAGCACACAGGGGUGGAGGGGAGGCAACUAGACCCCCCCCCACCCUUCCAGACUUGGAUCGUACCAACUGAGCCUCAGCACGGCGGGGGGGGCGACUGACCCCCCCCCCCCCCCAGAGUUGGAUCGUACCA